CAUCAAUGGAGAAUGUUCAGGUGUUGACAGCUCAAAAACAGAUGCAGACAAGAACUUCGGUGUUUUUCAUUUUGUGGAUAAGGACACUGAUGACACUCAUUUUGAAAUCAUGAAAAAACCUAAAAACGUAUCUGACAGAACAGAUUGUCGGGAGACGGUUACAGAUUUUGAUAUUUAUUGUAGUCGGGAUGCAUCAAAACCUGUGAAGGAAGACGUACACAUUUGUCAAAAACGUUCAAAAAGAUUGCGAAGAAUAAGGCACAGAAACAGAAAUGUUAAAAAGGCGACAGGUUGUGCACAGACUCAAAAGAAUAAUGAAAAGAGACCUGCUCUGUUGGACAAGAUUCUCAACGUGAAAAAAUCGGCACACGCAUUGAUGAAAGAGCCGCGUCCCCAACAAAGACCAUGCAUAGGUUCAAUGUUAUCAUCGACUAAAAAAAGGCGAGAAUGGAGAUCUUCAAGAGCUAAAAAUCACGUCGAGAAUUCUAAACACAUAAAAUUCAAAACACACAUCUUAACAUCCCGAUCUGUCUGCAAGUUUUCCGAUGGGAUAAAGUAAGUAUAGCUGGGAAUUUUUUUUUUUUUUUUUAAAUAGUUAAAAUGGGAUAUAAAUUUGAAACAUUUGAAACCAGCAAAGAAUUAUAUAUAUAUAUAUAUAUAUAGAUAUAUAUAGAGAGAGAGAGAAAUAUUAAAGUAAAAAUUAAAAAAGUUAACGAGUGGCAAAUGCUAUUCAUCCAAUGUAAUCAUGAAACACAUAGGUCAGUGGUAAGCAAACUGAGGCUCAUGAAAGAGGAAGAAAUAGACGCAAACCUAUUUUAAAUAUACAUUAGGACGAAGGGAUCACAAACAUUUUUUUUUUUUAGAUGGAAUAAUUGAUAUAACCAUGUCUCCUCAGUAAUAAACAAAAAAAAUUUGUCAAGCCCUGUCCUCGUUAACUUGUAAGUUACCGAAUAUAAAUAAUUAUCUUACAAUGACAAAAUGGUUUUUUAAAAAAAACGAAUAAAAUAUGUUUUCCACGAUGCUGCCAUUCCUCUAACAGGGUACAUCUGAUUUAUUAUCACUUUCAAGUGAUGUUUCAAUGCGGGAGCUGGAAAAACUUUUGGCAAUAUUGAGAAACAGUGGAUUUAAAAAAAAAAAAAACCUAAUUCAAGGCGCCAACAACCUAAAGGUUUAGUACAAAGCCUGUUCAAGUAAAGUUCCGUUAAAACAACAUUAUUGCGUGCAAAAUUGUCUCGAGGAAAAAAUAUAUAUUUGGUAUUGAUUUCAAAAUACGAUCAGUUUACCUUGAACGAGCCUUUAAGAAAAUUACUUUAAAAAAAAAAUAUAUCUUUAUUGUCUUCUGCCCGCGCCAUUGAAAAACGCUCAGCUUGCCAUUUUUUUGGCCCACGGGCCGUGGCUGUCCGACCUCUGCUUUGAGAGACUAAGUUACGCUUUUCUGAAUUUUCCAUUUUCCCAGUUUGUGGCUAUGGAAAAUAAAAAAAAGGUUCUUCAUUAUGUCAAACGAACUAAGCAAUUCAUUUCCAAAGCUAAACAGUCCCUAAGAAAACAAUUUAUGAUACCGAUAGUAAAUUUAGUCAUUUCUGCUGAUGAGAUGUUGAAGUGCGCCUAAUUUUUUACUAUUAAUAUAAAUUUAAAUUUCCUUUCCGUUAUUAUUUUAUAAUAUAUGCAUGUUUCUACAUACAGGGCAAGAAAACCUACAUUCGCUAGAGAUCAUAUUGAAAAAAGUUAUAAUGAUCCUGUUGGCAGAAUCGUAUCAAUUACAAAAGAAGUUAAAGCUUAUGCCUUGAAGAGGAACAGAAAAAAAGGAAGGAUCAAGCCGAAGGUUGAAACGUUACUUCGUGAUGAAUCUGAUUCGAAUGUCUCGCCAACACAAUACUUUACAAAAACUGAUUUAUUCAAAUACUUGGCCAAAGACGGGCGAUUCAGAUCAAAGCCAACAAAGCCAAAGCAUUGUCAACAUCAUGGUAGCAGACCAGCAGUUUUGAAUCAGAAAGGUGCGCUGCAUAAGUGGGCCCGUGUGUGCCGUGAAAAGAAAUCAAGGGAACCUCCCGAUAAGCUACGCCUUAAAAUGUGCUUCUUUAUGACAAAAUAUAUGACGUCACGGAAGAGCAGACACAAUAAAAAAAAAAGAUUCGAUAGUACUGCCGCCGACUGCAAGGCGAAGAACGGAAUGAACGAAGGAGGAGAUCUUGAUGGGUCUCCACAAGCUUUUGAUGUUAACAGUGAUGACAUGCAUGGCCAUAACUGGGAUGCCGGUACAUUGUUCCACGAACGUCUAGUAGGGAGUUCCACUGAUAUCCUAAGGUAUGUCAUAUCAGAUUGAUGAAUGCUAAUCAAGUGCGCUUUCCAAGUGCACACAUUAUAAAACAAAAUAUUCUCGAGCUUAUGUUUCUUCAAAGGAAUUUAGUACUUCAUCCAAUGAAAAUAAUAUUAAAGUUUCGGAGCAAAAGUUAAGACUGUUUAUAAUAAGGGCUCCAUGGAAAAGUACAAUCAGUUGGUGUUUAAAUAUGAUAUGGUUUUGUUAUGCUUGGCCAUAAAUGUCAGAACCCCCGUUUAGAUUUGCAGAGGAGAUGCAUUUAUCAGCAGAGGGACCACAACGAUAUUGAGUGUCUUGUUGAUUUUUUUUUGGGAGAGGAGAAGUUCUAUUCCUGGUCCCCAUAAGAAGAUAUCACUGGAGGCAGCGAGAAAUCUAAAACUUGAGAGGGUCCCCACUGACGACAAAGAGCAUAACUGAUGAUCUUUAACUAUUUCUUUUUUCACUCAAUGUAAAACCUAAACAUGAAAUUCGGGGAAUACUACUCUAAAUAUAAACUGUUAGUAUAUGAUUCUAAACAUACACUGUUAGAAUAUGACUCUAAACAUACACCGUUAGUAUAUCAUUCUAAACAUACACUGUUAGUAUAUGAUUCUAAACAUACACUGUUAGCAUAUGAUUCUAAACAUACACUGUUAGCAUAUGAUUCUAAACAUACACUGUUAGGAUAUGAUUCUAAAGUAUUCUCCUAUUGCUGCCCACAGAUACUACUUACCAGCUAAGUGCUAUUUCUUAUUUUUAUUUGUAUACCGUUUUUUCUGUUGUUUUGUUCGCUGACGCAGGCUUUCUGCCGGCACGUUCGCGGUUUUGUUGCGUUUACUUUUUCAGGUUUAACCCUACUUUGUUUUACUCAUUUUAUUUUGUACUAACCUGAUUGCAGUCUCUCCCCUUAUUACCCCUUUAAAGGUGUAAGGUGGAGAGUUUGGGAGCCUGUGGGGGUUGAGGCUGAGAUAAGAGAGAGCCGGCUGGGGAGGGCCACGAGUUCUGACAGGGUGAGCUGUGGAAAGGUGGAGAGGUGAUGGGAGUCAGCAGAAGGCCUGGGAUAAACUGGGAUUAGUUAUUACAUCAAUAACAUAUUAAAACACAUUAACGCGAAGUGCACGAGCUCUAUCUCAAAAUAAAACUUCCGUAACAGGAAAAAGAAGAGAUACUAAAUUUGCAUCGAAGAUUUAAAUAGAAACGCGUUAAAAUAACAAUGUAAAUAAAUCAGUUCAAUUAAUUUCUUUCCACAGAGCAAUAUUACAAGGCAGUGUGGACGAAAUAGACGUACAUGUUGCCAGCACUUUAGCCUCAACACGGCUCAAUGUGCAUGUGUAAGCAUAGUUUAAAAAAAAAUGAUAUCUUUUAGCAAGCUACAAAUGGAUAUUUUGGCUUUCUGUCAUUGCAAGCAAUAAAUAUAUAGAGUCUAUUACUGCUAAACUACUACUAUAAAAUGAAUAUUCAGUAAAUAAUUUUUUUUUUUUAAAGAGACUUCAAAAUAAUUAAAAAUGAGCCAUGUUCAAAAGUAAGUGACAAUAUCAUAACUCAGAUUUCAUAAAAAUAAUAUCGGUUUUUCGCAUUAACAUUUUUAAACAUUAAUCUCCAACAAUUUUAUUUUCAGGACUAUUAACGUAAAUCGGGUCGACGUGCAGCAAGCCGAAAGACUGACUGUACAAAACUCACAUGUUCAUGUAACGAAUGCAGGCUUUUGUGUUAUUGAUUAACCAACCAAUACGAGCUGUAAUUUUCUACACUUUGUGCUUUCGACUACUUAAAAGAAAAGUAUUCAGAAAUAUCUCAAUAUCAGCUAUUUAAUUAAUAGAAGCUGUAGUUUUCUGCAUUUUGUGCUUUCGAAUACUAAAAAAAAAAAAAAAAUGUAUUGUAUUAUUGAUUAACCAACCAUUACGAGC